AUGGCUUCCGGUAUUUUGGAUAAUUCGAGCGACUCUCCUGACGAGUCAAACGAUAGCUCUAUGGAAUUCUUUGUUAACGCGUUACACUUUAUUGAAGAUACGGCAACUUCUAGUGCUCCUCAAACUCGACGGUAUACGGACCGGCGUCGGGAAAUUGGUCUUGAUACUCUUUUGAAUGAUUGGUUCGUUCAACAACCAAAAUACGAAGACGAUUACUUUCGAAAGAAGUUUCGAAUGGACAAGACCAUGUUUUUAGAUAUCGUGCGCGACAUUGAAGCAAACUUCCCGUAUUUCCAAGAACGUUACGAUGCAAGAGGAAGAAAAAGUUUUACGGCGAUACAAAAAUGCACAUCCGCCGUUAGGCAACUCGCGACGGGUAACGCACCAGACGAGUAUGACGAGUAUUUGUGCAUGGCAGCCAGAACCGCACGAGAGACCCUUGAUUAUUUUUGUGACGCCAUCAUUCGGUUGUAUAGCCGAGAGUACCUACGCAGGCCGACGUCACACGACGUUGCACACAUCUUCGAGGCCCACGAGCUUCGUCAUCAUAUGCCUGGGAUGCUUGGUAGCAUCGAUUGCACACAUGUCGAGUGGUCGGCAUGUCCUAGACGUUUGAGAGGGCAAUACACGAGGGCGCGUAACGGAACGGCUCCGGAUUCUUCAUUCCACGUGAAUGGGCGAGAUUAUAAACGUGGCUACUAUCUUAGUGAUGGGAUCUACAACAAGUGGUCAACACUUGUUAAAGCAUACCCGUAUCCAACCGACCCUAAGGAAAAAAGAUUCAAGAAAUUGCAAGAGGCGGCCAGAAAAGAUGUCGAGCGAGCUUUUGGUGUCCUCAAAGGUAAAUGGAAAAUUCUUCAACGACCUCUUCGACCUCUAACGAAAGACAAAAUUGGAAAGUAUGUUCAUACAUGUAUUAUCUUAUACAACAUGAUCAUUAAGAGGGACGGGAGGGCAAUCUCACCGGUCCAUAUAAUGGACCCGCCAGUGCAACUGGUGUUCGAUGAAAGUGUGUAUGCGGAGUUAAUUGACGAAGAAGUUCAUCAUCGCCUUCGAUAUGAUCUUACGGAGCACUUAUGGGCUCAAGAUUUGGCGUAUCUCGAUGAUUAG